AUCCAUGAUCCAUCGGUGCAUGUGCUACGUACUUUUAUAUGCUUUCGAUCGUCGUCUUCAUCCUAACCCACACCCACAGAUUCAAAAAAUAAAUUAAAAAAAAAAAAAAAAAAGGCAAUCAUGAAGCAAGCUAAGGUUGUCUUCGUCUCAACACCAACCAUCGGAAACCUCGUUCCCGUUGUCGAGUUUUCUAAACUCUUAUCGCACCAAAACCAAAACCUUUCAGUUACUGUACUUCUCAUCAACAUGCCUCAAAGACCCUUGAUCCAAUCAUACAUUGACUCGCUCGCCUCCGACGGAAACCUCGAAUUUCUCAGCCUCCCCGCGGCGGAGCCGCCGUCCCCGGACCAGAACCGAUCCACCAUAAGCUUCUUAUCUAUCUGGAUAGAGAACCACGAGCCGCACGUGAGACGUGCGCUGACUAAACUUAAGUCCGAUGAUGAUGUUCGGAUCGCCGGGUUUUUCGUUGACAUGUUUUGUACUUCUUUCAUAGAUGUCGCAGAGGAACUCGAUAUCCCUUGCUAUCUUUACUUUGCAUCUCCGGCCAGUUUCUUGAGUUUCAUGCUUCAUAUCCCGACCCUGGAUGCUCAAGUUCCGAAGAAUAGCGAAUUCGGGGACGCGGCUAAGGAGUACGUUAUUCCGGGUUUCGAAAACCCGGUUCCGGUCGAGUCUUUCCCCCCUUUCAUGUCGAAGAGACAUGAAGAUACCUAUCUGCCGUUCCUGCAACACGCCAAGAGAUACCGAGAAACACGGGGUGUGGUCGUGAACACGUUCAAGGAACUGGAGAGUUAUUGUCUGGGAUCGAUGUUUGGCGGGAAUGAUGUAGGACCGGUUUAUCCUAUUGGACCGGUGGUGGACCGGGAAGGGCCGGCUCGAUGGCACCCGGAUUCGUGGAACCACGAAUUGGUCAUGAAGUGGCUCGACAAUCAACUGUCAUCGUCAGUGGUUUUCCUGACAACCGGGAGCAUGGGUAGCCUGAACCCGGCCCAAAUUAGGGAGAUAGCCACCGGGUUAGAACGAGCUGGGUAUCGGUUCUUGUGGUCCAUCCGGGAACCGCCCAAGUCCAAACUAGACCUCCCAAACGACUACACCGAUCUAGACCACGUCUUGCCACCAGGAUUUUCAGAUCGGACCAAGGGCAAAGGAAUGGUGUGCGGGUGGGUCCCACAGGUGACAAUCCUGGCCCACAAAGCGAUCGGAGGGUUCGUGUCACACUGUGGAUGGAACUCGAUUUUGGAAGCGUUGUGCCACGGUGUACCCAUCGGCACGUGGCCUAUAUACGCGGAGCAACAUCUGAAUGCGUUUCAGAUGGUUAAGGAAUUGGGAUUGGCUGUGGAGAUAACGUUUGACUACAAGGAUGGGAUCACGUUGGUGUCUGCUGAGGAUGUUGAGAGAGGAGUGAGAAAGCUGAUGGACGGUGAUGAUGAAGUGAGAGAAAAGGUUAAAGAAUACAGUGAAAUGUGCAAGAGAGUUUGGAUGAAGAAUGGAUCGUCUGCGGUUUCCUUAGGCAAAUUGAUUGAGGAUUUAAAUAUUUAAUGAAAAUGAUAAAGUCAAAGCUCAAUGGUCCAAUUUCAGUAUUUCACAAGAAUCUUCUUUCCGAAUCGUGUACGUCUUGUUUGCCGACCCAUUUGUCAUAUCUAUUUAGUUUUACGAAUUUAAUAAUAGAAAAGGAUAAUUUUAAUUUU